CUGGAGCGCUGGGGCGUAAAAGUAAACAACAAACAACGGUACACCGACCGAGUAGCCGUUCCCACGCAGGACGUUGACAUUUAAGGUCACUAAUGUCAGCAAACUAGGCCUUCCCUUCCCAUGUGAAUGCUGUUACCAUUUUUGACUGAAUAAUGUUUAACAGUGUGGUCUUGAGGGAUUGGCAAAGUACUGCGGAGGGUGAAACAGUUUUACAACACUUCUACGACCCACAUUCGUCAGGAAGAAAGUUGUUUGGUAUCCUUGAGAAGCCGAACUUGCCAGCCAGUGUGGAAGAAGUUUCUUACAAGCUGUUCGUAGGUGGGAGAGUGGGCGUGGGUAAGACAACUGCCAUCGCUCGUUUAGCAGGCAUUCCCUGUCAGUCCACCUACAUCGAGACAGCAGGCAUUCAUAAAACAAACAUUUUUUGGCCAGUCAAGAUUUGGGACAAAACAAUUUUAUUUAAACUACAAUUUUGGGAUGCUGGAGAAAACAGUAUGAAGAAAUACAGUCAUAUUUUAACAGCUUGCAAGGAAAAGGCGGAUGCCGUUGUGCUAGUAUUCUCUUAUACCGAUGCUGCUAGCUUUUUAGAAAUUCCUCAGCUUAUGAGCAAAUUAUCUCAAGGGCACUAUCCAGCUAAAAUAGUUAUUGGUACUAGAUAUAGUAGCACUGUGGGUAACCAGGAGGUUUCUAGUGCUCAAAUACAGGAAUUCGAGCUCAAGUGGAAAGUCAGAGUUCUUCGAUUGAAUUCUUCUAUGAGUGAGAGGAAUGAAGUUCACAAGAUAUCACCUAUUAUGAAUGUAAUUUGUGAGCAGCUUUGGAUCCGGGAUCAAGAUUAUCUUUUAAAGCAAGGACUGAACCCAUGAGAAUCAUCGACACUUCAUCCACUCUUCAGAGAAUGCGAGUGAAAAAUGCUAAAUUAUCAUUGUGCCACAAUAUUUUUGUCUUGUUUGUGGUUCCCUUUUGAGCAGUGGUGAUUUGUUAAAAGAUCUUACAACAAAUUAAAAACAUGUGAUAUAAUUUAUUUUAUUUUACCAUACUACAGUAUUUUGUAAAAAAAAAAAAAAAAAAAAAUCACCUUGGUUUAUUGUUGGUGAAUGUCUAUUUAUCAUAAUUAAAAACCUGAUUAAUCAA